AUGUCAGGAGCAAGCAUUGAUGAAAAGAAAUUCAAUGAGAAGGGUGAUAAUUUGGUCACCCUAAAUUCGGGUUCAACCACCCACUCACUUGGCGAAGAUGAUUACGUAUUUGGUCAACUUGAUGAAGGUUACAGACAAAAAUUAUAUGAGAAGUUGGGCCACGGAAAUUUGGACAGUGGUGAAAGAAUCCCAGAUAUUGAGUAUCUUUUUGAAAAAACAGAUGAAAUGCCAAUUUCUCGUGCAUUAGAAAUUUUGAAGGAAUCUCUUGUCUACCAUGAAGGUGAUCCAAAUUUCCCAAUUGAAGACUUUCAGCUUAUUGGAGAAUUGGCUCAAGGUUUGGAGAACAACACCAACAUGUCUCCUGAAGAUUGGGCAUUUCAAACUAAAAUGCUUGCUACUUUGAACGAAUUUCACUCCCCAUACCCUGAAGUUAGAGCAAUUUCUUCACCACUUGAUGAUCCUACUUUGCCUGUUGAAACCAUAAGAGCCUAUUUCUUGGGGUUCUUCUGGACAAUCAUUGGUACAGCCAUUAAUGAAUUCUUUACUCAUAGACAACCAGCCAUCACCAUUACUUCCUCAGUCUGUCAAAUGUUAUUGUACCCAUGCGGUAAAUUUUUGGAAAAAGUUUUACCAGAUUGGGGAUUCACCUUAUUUGGCACCAGGCACUCUUUGAACCCUUGCCCAUGGAGUUAUAAAGAGCAGAUGUUUGCUACUAUUAUUUUUAACGUGGCUAUCGGCGGUGUCUAUGUUUCUUCAAAUAUUUAUGUUCAAAAAUUGGAUAUAUUUUAUGGCAGUAAAUGGGUUAACAUCGGGUACGAAAUUUUGCUUACUAUCAGUACCCAGACUUUAGGGAUUGGUUUUGCUGGAAUUUUGAGGAAGGUAGCCAUUUAUCCAGUCAAAUCUGUUUGGCCAACUUUGUUACCGACAUUGGCUCUUAAUCAGGCUUUAUUGAAACCUGAACACAAAGAAACAAUCCAUGGAUGGUCAAUGUCCCGUUAUAAGUUCUUCUUCAUCUUUUGUGCCGGUUCAUUCUCUUGGUUCUGGCUUCCAGAUUAUCUCUUCACCGCUUUGUCAACUUUCAACUGGACCACCUGGAUUGCUCCACAAAACUUCAACUUGGCUGCCAUCACCGGUUCUGUUACAGGUCUUGGCUUGAAUCCUUGGAGUACAUUCGAUUGGAAUGUCCUCAGUUUCAAUGCUCCAUUGGCAACACCAUUCUACACUCAGGUGAACUUUAUUAGUGGUUCUAUCAUUUGUUUUUUCUGCAUUGUUGGUGUGUAUUAUUCCAAUUACAAAUGGACCGGUUACUUGCCAAUCAACUCCAAUAGCGUUUUUUCAAAUACUGGUACACCAUAUAAUGUUCAAAAAGUCAUCACUAAUGGUAAACUUGAUGUCGAAAAGUAUAAAAAGUAUGGUCCACCAUAUUAUUCUGCUGCCAAUUUAGUUCUUUAUGGUGCUUAUUUCGCUAUGUAUCCAUUCACCAUCAUCUAUACCUGUUACACUGAUUGGAUGGCCAUCAGUGCAUCUUUGAAAUCUUUAGGUGGUAUGUUCACUUCUUUCGGCAAAUCCAAUUUCGAAAAUUUCAAGGACCCACACUCUCGUAUGAUGGCAAAAUACAAGGAAACUCCAGAUUGGUGGUUCAUGGUGAUCAUUGCUGUAUCUUUGGUAUUUGCCAUCUUGUGUGUGAAACUAUACCCAGCAAACACUCCAGUGUGGGGGAUUUUCUUUACCAUCGGUAUCAAUGUGUUUUUCUUGAUUCCAAUUACCAUCAUCUAUUCAGUUACUGGGUUCACUUUUGGUCUUAAUGUGCUUGUUGAAUUGAUCAUUGGUUACGCUAUUCCAGGUAAUGGUGAUGCUCUUAUGACUUUGAAGGCUUUUGGUUACAACAUUGGUGGUCAAGCAGAAAACUUCAUUACCGAUCAGAAAAUUGCUCACUAUUCUAAAAUUCCACCAAGAGCCAUCUUUAGAGGUCAAAUGAUUGCUAUUGGUUUACAAAUUCUCACUUCCUUGCUCGUCAUCAGCUGGGAAACCGCGAAUAUUGCUGGUAUUUGUACUCCUGAUCAACCGGAUAAAUUCACUUGUCCUCUGGAACGUACUUAUUAUUCCAGUUCAGUUUUAUGGGGGGUUAUUGGUCCUCAAAGAGUUUUUGGACCAUUGUAUCCAAUCUUGAAAUGGUGUUUCCUUAUUGGCGCUGUCCUUGCGGUGGCGUGUAUCCUUCUCAAAAAAUACUUCAAGAAACAAACACAAUACUUCUUCCCAACCACAGUUAUCGGUGGCUUCUUGAUUUACGCUCCUUAUAACCUUAGUUACUAUCUUCCAGGGGUUGUUCUUGGUUUCAUCUUCAACUACUGGAUCAAGACCAGAAAGAGUGCCUGGUGGGAGAAGUAUAACUAUAUUUUGUCUUCUGCACUCGAUACUGGGGUGGCGUUUUCUGCAAUCAUUAUCUUCUUUGCGGUUCAAUUGAAGGAGGUUGAUGUUAAUUGGUGGGGGAACAUCGUCUCUAGCGCUGGAAUUGAUGGUGGUAACGGUCAACAAUCCUUGUUAAGCCCAACUUCUGCUCCAGAUGGCUAUUUCGGUUUGCGUUAUGGUACCUUUGAAUGA